GUGUGACAUCCAGCGGAAGUAAACAAUACAAGCGCUAGCGUUAGCUGCAUGUUUUGAAUUCGCUGGAAGGUGUUAUUGUAUUCGCAGCGCCGCUAAUUAUUUCAUUUGUAAUUAAGCAACAAUGUCUUCAGUUGAGUGUUUGAGAGAGUUUGUCAACGAGCGACUAACUGCUGCUGCUGAAGAAAUAUUCGGAGUUUUUAGAAAAACUAUCGUCGAGUACGAGGAAGAGAUCUGUCGUCAGCGCAGACUGCUGGAUAUCGUUUGGAAACCCGAAAUAAAGUUACACAGGAUAGAGCUCCCACAGCAACAUGUCUGUAAGGAGGAGGAGGUUCUCGCUGACCAGCAGCUCUGUAUUCAGGAGAGGAACUCCAGUCUGGACCAAGAGGACCCAGAGCCUCCACAGAUUAAAGAGGAACAGGAGGAACUCUGUAGCAGGCAGGAGGGAGAGCAGCUUGUACUGAAGCAGGAGACUGAUACCUUUAUGUUGACUCCUGCUUACGAGGAAAGUGACCGCAGUGAACCAGAACCGAAAAGUGACCACCAGCUCGUCUCUCACGACUGUCAUGUAGCUGAGAGCCAAGAUCAGAAAGGAGGCAAGCAUGAAGACUCGGGAUCAACUAGAGAUGCAGAGCCAAAACAAAAGAAUCCAGAUCACAAACGCAGAAGCCACAGUAACAAUGUACACAAGUCUACCAUGUCAGAGAUUCACCGUAAUCCUCACGCAGGUAAAAAGUCUUUAAAAUGCGACGCAUGUGGAAAAGAUUUUAAGUAUAAGUCAAGAUUGCAGACACACCUGAGAACCCACACAGGUGAGAAGCCGUACCUUUGCAAGGCCUGCGGGAAAAGAUUCAUUCAGAUAUCAGCUUUAUCAAGUCAUAUGAGAACCCACACAGGUGAGAAGCCAUAUUCUUGCAAAACAUGUGGGAAAGAUUUAAGAACUAGCAAUGCCUUGAAAGUCCACACGAGAACCCACACAGGUGAGAGGCCGUACCUUUGCAAGACCUGCGGGAAAAGAUUUCCUCAGUUAUCAGGUUUAUCAGGUCAUAUAAGAACUCACACAGGUGAGAAGCCAUACCUUUGCAAAACCUGCGGGAAAAGAUUUCCUCAGUUAUCAGGUUUAUCGUGUCAUAUAAGAAUCCACACAGGUGAGAAGCCAUAUUCUUGCAAAACAUGUGGGAAAGAUUUCAGAGAAAGUAGUCACUUGAAAGUCCACGUGAGAAUCCACACAGGCGAGAAGCCGUACCUUUGCAAGACCUGCGGGAAAAGAUUUUGUGGCAUUUCAGCAUUGAAAACACACAUGACAAUCCACACAGGUGAGAAGCCAUAUACUUGUAAAACAUGUGGGAGAUCUUUUAGACAGAGUAAUGGAUUGAUAGUCCACAUGAGAAGAGCCCACACUGGUGAGAGGCCGUACAUUUGCACAAUCUGUGGGAAAACGUAUGUUAAUGCGUCUAAUUUGGCACAGCACAGCAGAUUGCAUUCAGGCAAGUAGUCUUGUAUUUGCAAAAUAUGUGGGAGACGAUUCAGUUCUAGUGGUUUGUGGUCAAAACACACAAGAACUCUCAGAAGUGAGGAGCUGUAUAAUUGCAGCACUUGUGGGAAAAGUUUUACUCGCAUCACGUACUUGAAAAAACACCCGAGGAUCAAUAUACACAGGAGACACCAUCGAGCUGAAGCUCCUGUGGAGACGAGUUCACCUAUGAAGGAACCACACUUUUCCAAUAUGUACAUCUCUCGACUGAAUGUAAAAUGUUUUCCAUAAAAUGGGACGUCAGUUUCUCUGAUGUGAUCUGUAACAAAGAGUUACUGAUUCUGAUUGUUGUUGGUUUUGCCAAAUGUCCGUAUAUGAAGCAUCUCUGAAUCAUUUUUAGUUCAAAGUUCAACAAGGACUUAAAAUCCUUCUACCUCAAGUAGUAUUUCAGAGUUCUGUAUAAGGGCUGCGUUUCAUUAGUUAUUCAACAAGCCCUCGUUCCCCUCGGCACUUGCCCUCGGGGGAAUCCCUGCCGCCAUCAUAAGUGUCUCCAUUUGUCUGAAAAACUGAAGUAAACUUGGUGAGAUCGACCCCCGGAGGGCCGAGGGAGCGAGUCCACAACGAUGGUCACUCUGAGGUGUAAAUGCAUUGCACUUACGCAUUUGUUGCAAGAAAAUACAUCCAUGGUUAGGUGGCAGUAAUGUUUAUAAAACUCCUAAAAGAAAAAUGUAUGAAAAAUGUCAUUCACUGAAAAAUGCCAUAUAACUAAUUGCAGUUAGUAUUUACUUGGAUUGUUGUUUAGCUUGUGUGGUUUCUUUAUUCCCAACAUUACCUGUAAACGCAUGGGAAAAUUGCAGUUUUGCAAGAUAUAAACCCGUAGCAAGUGUCCUCUGUGUAACGUAUGCUGUUACACAAUACCAAGGGCUGAGGGAAGUGGAACUACUAAUGAAACGCAGCCAUAGACUCCUACACCUUUACAAGAAGUCAGAUGUUACAUUUUAGCGUUACUGACAUCACUGUUUUAUAUUAACUUAUAAAAAGUCCUAUAAAAUGUGAACAUGCCUCCUUUUUUGUUAUUUUUAUACACUGCCUCAUUUAUGUGUCUGACUGACACAAAAACCUGUAAUUGUUGUAUGAUGACAGAUGUAUAAUAGGUGUGUCUUUGUAUUUACAUACUGUUGAGGGUCCGGCUGGAUGGAGUAUGGUCGAGCCUCACCCCUUGAUAUCCCCCACGGAACUAUGAUAUACAAUUGAGGACAGUAAUUAAACAAUGACAGCGGACACACAAGAAUGACACGCACUGUUUGCACAUCUGACAGUUUAUGCCAUGUCUUCACGAAUUCUGGCAGCACCUGCCACCGCGAACAGUAGCACGUACUUGACCACAACAUCCUGCUCCAACAGUUGCAGCAUCUGUGUGACCUGUGCUAAAGGUUAAGUUCUCACCUCCAGUUGAGCAGGCGGUUGAACUAGGGGCCUCUCGCUGUGCAAAACAUCCUGUAUAAGUGUCUUCAGGUUGUGACUGACAUCAACACCUUUUUAUAUACCAACUUUAUGCAUACUUAAAAUGAAUAAUGGCUUGCUGAUAACAGCUUGUUCUUUUUCUUUUUUCAUUUUGGUUUUUGCUGUUCUAGUCUCUGUGGACUAGACUCUUUUAGAUUUGAUAUUCUUGAUUGACCAUUUUGUUGAGAGGUAGAGAGGGAAGUUUUUGUUACCAGUUAAUAUAGCAUUUUUAGCAAGCUUUUGCUUUUUGCAUAGAGUAUUUUGAUAAUCCAUAUCAGAUUUGUGCAGCUUUAAAUAAAAACAGACUGUAUACUCUACAGUCAGAAUACA